GGUCACUGGGCAAGGCCCUGACACCUGGCCCCAGCCCAGCCUACUAUCCACUAGCUCUGUGGUCCUGGGCAGGUCAGUGCGUCCUGAGCCUCACUGUGGUCAGUGUAACCUGGAGUGAUGGCCCCUUGAGGCUCUGGAGACUCAGCCUUGCUCUGUGUUCACAACGUAUCAGGGCUGCAGGGAGGAGCUGGGCAAGGUCUCUCUGACUUCUGACUUCUCCAGGGUCCCACCUUGUGGUCACCAACUGCUCCCCAGAGCACAGCCACCCAGCUCUGUCCUGCAAGAUGGCUGCUGAGUUCGACGCCUUCUUGGCCAGUGGACUUAGGUGGUUCUGUCACGUGGACGACGACAACUACGUGAACCCGAGAGCCCUGCUGCAGCUGCUCAAAGGCUUCCCGCAGGCGGGCGAUGUCUACGUAGGCAGGCCGAGCCUGAACCGGCCCAUCCACGCCUCGGAGCCGCAGCCGCGGAACCGCACGAGGCUGGUACAGUUCUGGUUCGCCACUGGGGGUGCUGGCUUCUGCAUCAACCGUAAGCUGGCUUUGAAGAUGGCCCCGUGGGUCAGUGGCUCCCGCUUCAUGGACACUUCCGCUCUCAUCCGGCUGCCUGAUGACUGCACAGUGGGCUACAUUGUGGAGUGCAAGCUGGGCGGCCACCUGCAGUCCAGCCCCCUCUUCCACUCCCAUUUGGAGACCCUGCAGUUGCUGGGGGCUGCCCAGCUCCUGGAGCAGGUCACCCUCAGCUAUGGAAUCUUUGAGGGGAAACUCAAUGUCAUCAAGCUACCGGGCCCCUUCUCCCCUGAAGAGGACCCCUCCAGGUUCCGCUCUCUCCACUGUCUCCUGUACCCAGAUACACCCUGGUGUCCCCAGCUGGUGGCCCGAUGAACCCUGAAUUGCUGGGCAAAGGUUGACUGAGGCUUCUGGCUGUCCUUGCCUCCCAGGGCAGCACCAAGCACCCUGGCAGUUCCUUUGGGUGGUGAGAAAGCCCAGAGUCUGGAUGGCAGCUGGAGCUGGAGGUGUCCCAGGCCUGGGGACCAGGCCAUUGUCACAGAGGCUGCAGGGGCUGGGCCUCCAUGGAACAAGGGCAGGGGAUAUGGGAGCUGGGUUGGAACUCAGGGUGGUGACAUGGGCCCUGGUUGUGGUCUGGCCCUUGCCCCUGCCUCUGGUCUCAGUCAGUCCCCUGUGCUGUGAGGGCCACCACUCCUGACUCCCUGGGUUGGGUCCCCAUCACUGAAGGAUACAAGGGAAUGACUGCAAAUCCAGAGCCUGAGCUGUGACCUUCUUUCGAGUCUCUGGUGGCCCUCUGCUCGCCACACCUUGCCAGCAGGCUCAGGCCCUGAUCAUGUGGGUCCCAAUCAGUCAAGACUAUCCUUUUGCUCACUUUCCCAGCUUCCCUACUGCGAGCGGCAACUGUGUGGCCCAGUCCUGAUCAGUGGGAACUGAACAAAGCCAAUAGAGAGGUUUCUGGGGGAGGUUUUGCAGCUCCAUACUGCCAUCUUCCUGCCAUGAAUGUGGUUGUGAUGACUGGAUUUGGGGAAACCACUUUACCACCAUGAAGGAAAGGCCAAGACAAUCUCCUGUAGCUAUCCCUUCCAGCAUCUGGUUCUGUAAGAAAUUAAACCUUAUUUAAGUC